ACCACUAUGACAGCCGCAUCCUAUAAAUGUAAUGACAUCCAGAACUAUCCUGGUCAGUGUGUCACUGCUCGGACGUUUUUGCCUCAAAGGAAAGAAGGCGCUGGUCAUUGGCUUGUCGCAUUCAGAAAGGCAGAGGAGGACAGAUUCAGGGCUGUGCAAAGAAGAAAAAUUAAAGAGACUUUCAAUAAACAGAAAAACAGGUCAACACCUACUGAUGAUGCUGGUGGGAAAAACUUAGAUCGAGCUUUACUUCUCCAGUUACACUGUGUGGAAAAGCCAUCUGAGCUGUGCUGUGUUGACAUCAGCGAACAGGAGCUGAAUUCUGUGAAGGCAGAAGACCUCACAGAGUUUGAGAAUGUGGCUUACAUCGAUGCAUCAGUCAACUUCCUCUCUUUAGGAUCUUUCAGCAGUUUUGUGUCUUUAAGAGAGCUCAAUCUGUCUUUAAAUGGCCUUUCCAACAUGACUUUUAAUGUGGAUGAUUUUCCUUUUCUGGAGGUUUUAGAUUUGUCCUACAACAGCCUGUCAGGUGAUUGUAUCGUUUCCAUUGGUCGACUUUUGCAUCUCAGAGUCCUUCAUCUGACUGGAAAUAAACUUCAUCAUCUUCCUCCUGAUCCGGGUUCUUCAAACCAUGACCCCGAUCAACCUUCACCUAAAGCAGACGACACAUGGUUUAAAACUCUUGAAGUCCUGAUGCUCGAUGACAACAAACUGUCUUCUGGAGUCUUCAACAGUCUGGCAAACCUGAGGAGAUUGAGGCACUUGAACCUGCAGAAGAACCGAAUCAAUGAAAUACCGUUUUUACAUCUAGUGGACAACUCCAGACCUUUCCAAAAUGCAAAGGCACCAACUGAGCCAAAUCGUAACACCGACGAUGAUAAGGUCAAGAGAGUUACACAGAGCAUUCAUGUGGAAAACUGGGAGAGCUACCAAGAAUCCAGUUUGCCACUUCCAGAGCUCCAGAUUCUCAAUGUAUCCUGCAACAAGUUUGUUGCAGAAGAAGCUCUGCUGCCUGUGGCUCUUUUCCCGAAGCUCAGAGAAAUCGAUAUCAGCUUGAACCCUCUGACCACAAAGAGAAGUGGAGACCCUCCUUUGUUGACCUUCUACCUUCAAGACCAACUGGGUGUAAUAAUAAAACGUAAAGACACACAGGGAGUUAAGUCUCAACUGAAGGUCUCCACUAAUCCAAAAUGGAAGGUGAAGGAAAUGAUCCCGAAGGCGCCAAAAAAGCCGCUGGUGAAAAAUGCUUCUCGUCCGGCUUUAACUCAUAUCGAGGACACUGCAGAGAAGAAAAAAACAGCAUCUGUUGACAUAAACGACGGAGAUGAAGACAUUCAGCACUUUUUUCUUACUGAGUCUCAAGAGAAAGAAACUGUAGAAAAACAGGAGGAAAAUGACAACUCACACUCUGAAAAAUUCACACAUUUCAAUCUGUUAUUGGACGUUAAAGCAGAUCCUCAUGCGGCGGAACACAUCGGAAUUCAAACAGCUGUCCGAAUGCUGGAACACACACUGAAGAAUCUUAAUAUUUAUAGAGACUCAAAACCAAAACUUGAUAGCAUCCAGACAUCAUACAGAGAACAAGAGAAACAGAUAAAGGCACUUCCACCUCUGAAACCAGCAAAGCAUGUAAAUAAGGCAAGAGUCGAUGAAAUGAUAAAGGAAAUGAAAGCGAGCACAACAAUAAGAGAAGUUCCUCUAAGCAGAGUCAUACAUGGCAAAGGUGUUAACAAGCAAGAAUAUAAAGAGGCUGUAGCCCUGAUGGAAGACAUGAGGACAAAGUACAAGAUGGUCCAUGAGAAAACAAGGGAACAAGCGGCAAAUAUGGACUCAAAAACACCAACCAAACUAGAUUAACCCAUACAGACCCAGUGCUACUUUUGGAGCACUUCCGAAAUUAAUUUCACUCUAGAUCAACCCUUUCUUAACCUUCCACUUGUGUUAGCUUCCUGUUACCAUCUUUUCUGUUAUAAGGUUGGUUUUGACC